UAUUUUUGGCCGGAGGCUCAGCUGAUUGUGAGUCUUGACGAGUCCACCCCUCCCUGAUUUUUUUUCUUCAUAGUCAGUUGUUCAGGCUUAUUAGAAGAGGGAGUUGUCCGCCAGCAGAGGAGGAGAGCGCUGGUGGCUGCUUAGCUCAGCCAGUACUAUAGGAUGCGACUCCUGGCUUGGGUCGAGGUGAAAACAUUUUUGAUUGGCUGUUUCUUGUCACUAUAGCCACUUCGUCCCUGUGUGGGACUGCUGUCAUCGCUUUUUUCCUCGACGGGGGGGAAACAACCUUUACUUCACUCUAGACUGACAAGUUGCAUCUUUGAGCGAACUUAUUUUUUUACUCAGUGGUGUAAAAUCCUACAAAACAAAACAAACAAACAAAAAACUCCACCAAACUUAAUUGAUCGGUUAAGGAGGAUGGAGACGAGUCCGAUCCCGGUGGUGACGGUCCAAACCGCCCCCUUCGAGGACCAGCGGCCCGGUACCAAUGGACUGCGGAGGAAGACUGCGGUGUUCGAGGGGAAGAAAAACUACUUGCAGAACUACAUCCAGAGCGUGCUGUCCUCCAUCGACCUGCGGGACCGACAGGGUUGCACCAUGGUGGUGGGCAGCGACGGCCGCUACUUCAGCCGAGCUGCAAUCGAGGUGAUAGUGCAAAUGGCAGCUGCCAACGGGAUUGGUCGUCUGGUAAUUGGCCACAGUGGGCUCCUGUCCACCCCUGCGGUUUCCUGCAUCAUCAGGAAGAUCAAGGCCAUUGGAGGGAUUAUCCUUACGGCAAGUCACAAUCCCGGAGGCCCUGGAGGAGACUUUGGAAUCAAGUUCAAUGUGGCAAACGGAGGGCCCUCUCCAGACACAGUGAUGGAGAGGAUCUACCAGGUGAGCCGGACACUCGAGGAGUACGCCAUAUGCCCUGAUCUCCGCAUUGAUCUCUCUAGGCUAGGAAGACAGGAGUUUGACCUCGAGAACAAAUUCAAACCUUUCAGAGUGGAGAUUGUAGACUCGGUUGAAGUGUAUCUACAAAUGCUACGAAACAUCUUUGACUUCACUGCCAUUAAAAGUCUCCUCACAGGACCAGAUCAGCUUAAAAUACACAUAGAUGCCAUGAACGGAGUGAUGGGCCCCUAUGUACGUAGGAUUCUGUGUGAUGAGUUGGGAGCCCCUGCUAACUCUGCUGUAAACUGUGUACCUCUGGAGGACUUUGGUGGCCGACCUCCUGAGCCCAACCUGACUUAUGCCACCUCUCUGGUAGAGUCCAUGAAAGGAGGCGACUUUGGCUUUGGGGCGGCAUUUGAUGCAGAUGGGGACCGAUACAUGAUCCUUGGAGAAAAUGGCUUCUUUGUGAACCCAUCAGACUCAGUGGCCAUCAUGGGUGCUAACCUCUCCACCAUCCCCUACUUCAGACAGUACGGCGUCAAAGGGUUUGCUCGAAGUAUGGCCACCAGUGCUGCCCUUGAUAGGGUUGCCAAAGCAAUGAAACUGGCCUUGUAUGAGACUCCCACGGGCUGGAGAUACUUCGGGAACCUGAUGGAUUCUGGGCGUUGUUCCGUCUGUGGGGAGGAAAGCUUUGGGACAGGUUCUGACCACAUUCGUGAGAAGGACGGUUUGUGGUCUGUGUUGGUGUGGUUGUCCAUUAUGGCAGCCAAGAAACAAGGUGUUGAGCAGAUUGUCAGAGAACACUGGGCCAGGUUUGGGCGUAACUACUUCUGCAGGUUUGACUAUGAAGGUCUGGACCCACGUGCAGCCUUUUACCUAAUGAGAGAUCUGGAGGCAGUAAUCUCAGACAAAGCAUUCACCAGCCAGAAGUUUGCUGUAGGGGACCACAUGUACAGCGUGGAGAAGGCUGACAACUUUGAGUACAUUGACCCCGUGGAUGGAACAGUGGCUCGAAACCAGGGUUUGAGGAUUAUCUUUAAUGAUGCGUCCCGCCUGGUGUUUCGAAUGAGCGGGAGCGGCGGAGGGAUGGGGACCACCAUCCGCAUUUAUGCUGAGAGCUUUGAGAGAGACCCGGAGAGACACAACAGAGAGACACAGGUGGUGCUGGGUCCUCUCAUUGCCAUUGCCCUGAAGAUCUCUAACAUUCACGAGAGGACAGGACGCCGUGGCCCAAAUGUAAUCACAUGAGCAAGUGAAAAAAACAAACCAACCAAAAAACACUCUCACAGUCAUAUGCAAACACAUGAAAAAUAUCCUCAAAGCACCCUUUCCUGUACUUUCUUGGUUUCAUCUUUAAAAUAUCUCUGUAGUUUCAGCCUCAUUUUUCAUUUCUCUUUUGACUCAGAUGCUUACUGCUGAAAUUCGUCUCUCAAAAAUAAAGUUAAAGUCGCAUACA